UACUUGGACUCUGCUGCUCGAGCAGACUGAACUCAGAUCAGCACAUUCACUUGAUCCUAGCUUCAGGAAGCUGUUAGGUUUCCUCCUACAAGAAAACCAACGAUAUGGACCUGCUCUGACUAGCACUUAUUUUCGCCACCGAGCCGUUUCCCCUCACCGGCCGGGUUGACGUUUGAAGAAGAGAGACUGGAGGAGCAAAGCGCACCUUCGUGCCUCGCGUGAUAGAAUGAUCCGUGUCAACACAGAGCUCGCGCUCGAGACCCGAUGAACAGUUGAGCUCGCGCUGUGCUGUGGCUCCGCGGCAAACUAUCUCGUCAGUCUGGCAGUUGACUGAAUGAACAAAUCGCGUUUUAAAAGGUUUUUGUUAUGACUGAGAUAAAUCCGGAAUGCUGAAGCAUUAGUUUACAGAGAAGAGACAAUCCGCUGGGUGAUUCGAAACUGCGGCAAGCACGUUGGAAACCCCGCGUUAUUCGUGACCUGCCGUUAUAAUCUCACAUUGACAGGCACGAGCCGGGCGAGUAUAUUUACACGUUAUUUUUAAACAGUCACUUUAUGUUUGUAAACCAGAAAGGCGUUUAUUUUGCGGAUGUUGUCAAACUUUAUCAUCAAACAGCUAACUUAGCGAGCUAGCGAGUUCCGCCGGUUGGUUUGCCGCGCUGAAACAGCACAGUUUACGUAAAACUGAAGACAAAAUAGUAUUGACUGAAAACUGACGGGCUGUCAUGGCAACUCCGGUUGUAAAUUAAGGUCGAGAGAGCACCAUUGAUUCUGUCUUUGUGUUUGUGGACCGAAGUUGAGGAGAGGCUUGCUCACCAUGUAUCAGAGCAAGGCUCGCUUCACCAUCUAAAUUCACUGACCACCGGAUUCUGACACCGAUAUAUUACAACUGUAGAGUAUUACUCAACCUCCUUCCAUCAGAAUGAAGAGAACCGAUAGCAAAUACAAAAGGAAACUCAGCACCUCUGAGCAGCGGGAGAGCAGCACUGAAGGAAAAGACGAGCAGGAGCUGCCGGUGCCGCCUCCCCUGCUGUUCAGGAAGCUGAGUAACCCCGACCUGUCUCCUGCCGCAGGAAAGACCAAACUGCAGCGGCAGCUCAGUCAGGAUGACACCAGAGCCCGACGCAGCAGUAUGGCCGGCAUCCUCACCGGAAAGCAGCUUCUGCCUCUGUCCAGCAGCAUGCAUGGUGGAGUGAGUCAGCUGGCCUGGCAGCAGCACAUAGGAGAACCCAAUAACUUAGUCCGCAUGAGGAGUCAAUCGUUUGGCCAGUCUGCCCCCUCUCUCACUGCGGGACUAAAGGAGCUGAGUCUUCCCAGAAGAGGCAGUUUAAUCUGGCCAACUGCUCAGUACCGUUGUCAUGGCAACAGCAGCCUCCUGCAGCAUCUCCUCUCUCCUACCACCUCCCCUUCUGCUCUCACCUUCCCGUCCCCAGGUGGACCUGAGGGGCCUGCAUCUGCCCCUGUCCUUGCCCCCAGCGCCAAUCCCUUCUUGUGGAGCUGUCGGACCAGCAAUAGGAAGAGCUUAAUAGUGACAUCCAGCACCUCUCCCACUCUGCCUCGCCCCCAUUCACCUCUGCACGGACACCCAGGAAGCAGCCCAUUGGACAGCCCACGUAAUUUCUCUCCAAACACUGCGGCUCACUUCUCUUUUGUGCCAGCUCGCAGCCAUGGACACAGGGCUGACAGGACGGACGGUCGCCGCUGGUCUCUCGCCUCUCUGCCCUCCUCUGGCUAUGGAACCAACACCCCAAGCUCAACAGUCUCGUCAUCAUGUUCAUCUCAGGAGAAGCUGCACCAGUUGCCCUUCCAGCCCACUGCAGAUGAGCUGCAUUUCCUCACCAAACACUUCAGCUCGGAGAAUAUCACAGACGAGGAUGGGAGAAGAUCUCCAGCCAUGCGGCCGCGCUCCCGUAGUCUCAGCCCUGGACGCUCACCCAUUUCAUUUGACCAUGAGAUCGUCAUGAUGAACCAUGUCUACAAGGAGCGUUUCCCUAAGGCUACUGCUCAGAUGGAGGAAAGGCUGGCUGAUUUCAUAUCCUCCUCAGCUCCUGACAAAGUCAUGCCUUUAGCUGACGGCGUCCUGAGCUUCAUCCACCACCAGGUUAUAGAAUUGGCUCGGGACUGCCUGGACAAAUCCCAUGAGGGUCUCAUCACCUCACGCUACUUCUACGAACUACAGGAAAACCUUGAGAAGCUACACCAAGACGCUCAUGAGCGUUCAGAAAGUGGGGAGGUGACAUUUGUCACCCAGCUGGUUAAAAAGCUGAUGAUUAUCAUCGCCCGUCCCGCCCGUCUGCUGGAGUGUUUGGAGUUUGAUCCAGAAGAGUUUUACCACCUGUUAGAGGCUGCUGAAGGUCAUGCUAAAGAAGGUCAGUGCAUCAAGUCUGACAUCCCUCGAUACAUCAUCAGCCAGCUGGGCCUCACCAGGGACCCCCUUGAGGAAAUGGCACAGCUGAGCAGCUAUGACAGCGGUAACCCUGAAACGCCAGAGACAGAUUACACAGAUAGUCGAGGAGCCACUGUACAACCACUCCAGCCUCAGCCUCAACCCAAAACUAAAACUCCACGUGAGGAAGACUUUGAGACCAUUAAACUCAUUAGUAAUGGAGCCUAUGGGGCUGUGUUUCUGGUGAGGCAUAAGGAGACCCGUCAGAGGUUUGCCAUGAAGAAGAUCAACAAGCAGAACCUGAUCCUGCGAAACCAGAUCCAGCAGGCCUUUGUGGAAAGAGACAUCCUGACAUUUGCAGAGAACCCUUUUGUUGUCAGCAUGUUCUGCUCUUUUGAGACAAGGAGGCAUCUUUGUAUGGUUAUGGAGUAUGUGGAGGGUGGGGACUGUGCCACUUUGCUGAAGCACAUUGGGGCUCUGCCUGUGGACAUGGCACGCAUGUACUUUGCUGAGACUGUUCUAGCACUGGAAUACCUUCAUAAUUACGGCAUCGUGCACAGAGACCUUAAACCUGACAAUCUCCUGAUUACUUCAAUGGGACACAUCAAACUGACAGAUUUCGGCCUGUCCAAGAUUGGUUUAAUGAGCUUAACAACCAAUCUAUAUGAGGGUCACAUUGAAAAAGACACCCGAGAAUUUCUGGACAAGCAGGUGUGUGGUACUCCUGAAUACAUAGCACCUGAGGUCAUUCUGAGGCAGGGCUAUGGAAAGCCAGUGGACUGGUGGGCCAUGGGAGUCAUCUUGUAUGAGUUUCUCGUUGGAUGUGCUCCCUUUUUUGGGGAUACACCUGAGGAACUGUUUGGACAAGUCAUCAGUGAUGAGAUAAUCUGGCCAGAAGGUGAUGAAGCUUUGCCUCCGGAUGCUCAAGAUCUCAUCUCCAAACUACUGCGGCAAAACCCUCUGGAGCGUCUGGGAACAGGGAGUGCGUUUGAGGUGAAACAGCACCGUUUCUUUACUGAUCUGGACUGGAACAGUCUCUUGAGGCAGAAGGCAGAGUUUAUUCCUCAGCUGGAGUCGGAGGAUGACACUAGCUACUUUGACACACGCUCAGAUCGGUAUCAUCACGUAGACUCAGAGGAAGAGGAUGACACAAAUGAGGAUGACCAUUUGGAGAUCCGUCAGUUUUCCUCCUGUUCACCACGAUUCAGCAAGGUAUAUAGUAGUAUGGAGCGUCUUUCCUUGCAUGAAGAGAAGCGCACCCCUCCUCCCACUAAGCGCAGUCUUAGUGAAGAGGGAGGAGAGCGUAUUGAUAAUCUCAGUGGCCUGAAGUCUCGAGACCGGAGCUGGCUGGUGGGUUCACCUGAAAUCCUAAGGAAGCGACUCUCUGUUUCUGAGUCAUCUCACACCGAGAGCGACUCCAGCCCGCCUCUGACCGUACGUCGACGCUGCUGCUCGGCCAUCAUCGAAAUGCCUCGAUUUGCCAUUUCCAGCGAAGAGGAUGAUGGUGUGGGGGGUAGGAAGACCCCUGUGAGGGGCCCUCGUGGGGAAGAUCUGCCUCAGGCCAUACCAGAGCUCCCUGUGGAGAGAGAACUCAGGCUGGAUGAAUCGCCAACAACACCAGGGUCCACUUCCAGCCAGAUCAGCCAAUCCACAGUCACACCUGGUAGUUCUGGUGACGUGUUGGAUCGAGCUUCUCGCUACAGUGCUGAAGGAUCUGAAAACUCUACUCCUAAAGCCAUCAGUGAUUUGGCAGCUCGUAGAGCUCGCCACAGACUGCUUUCAGGAGAUACAGAGAAACACACAUCACGUCCACUUAACAAAGUUAUCAAGUCAGCUUCAGCAACUACCCUCUCACUUAUGAUCCCUGCUGAUCACCACGGUGCCUCUCCUCUGGCCAGUCCUAUGUCCCCUCACUCUCUCUCGUCUAACCCUUCAUCACGUGACUCCUCACCCAGCCGAGACCUGUCCCCAGCUGUCUCUAGUGUCAAACCUGCCAUAGUCAUCAACCGAGCGGGCAAGAAAUAUGGUUUCACCCUGCGUGCCAUCAGGGUUUACAUGGGAGACACAGACAUAUAUACUGUGCACCAUAUGGUCUGGCACGUAGAAGCUGGGGGACCUGCUCAUGAGGCUGGACUGAGAGAGGGAGAUCUCAUCACGCAUGUUAAUGGAGAGCCUGUCCAUGGACUUGUGCAUACAGAAGUUGUAGAGCUCAUUCUCAAGAGCGGCAGUAAGGUGUCCAUUUCUGCAACGCCCUUUGAGAAUACAUCAAUUAAAGUUGGCCCUGCACGCAAAACCAGCCACAAAUCCAAAAUGGCCCGGCGCAACAAAAGAACCAAAACCAGAGAAGGACAAGACAGUAAGAAGAGGAACUCCCUGUUUCGUAAGAUCACCAAGCAGGCGACCCUUCUCCACACCAGUCGUAGCCUGUCCUCUCUGAACCGCUCAGUCUCAUCAGGUGAAAGUGUCCCAGGGUCUCCCACGCACAUGUCCCCUCGUUCACCCACACAGGGCUGUCGUUCCACACCUGACUCUGCCCACUCAGUUGGUGGGGCCUCAUCCCAAAGUAGCUCACCUAGCUCCAGUGUGCCAAACUCUCCUGCCAGUUCUGGUCAGAUAAGACCAAGCUCCUUGCAUGGUCUGGCUCCCAAACUACAGCGCCAGUAUCGCUCACCCCGCCGGAAGUCUGCAGGCAAUAUCCCAUUAUCCCCUCUGGCUCGUACACCAUCGCCCACCCCUCAGAGCACCUCCCCACAGCGUUCUCCUUCACCCCUGUCUAGCCACUCACUCAUCACUUCUUCAAUAGGCCAGUCUUUCCCUGUCAAACUCCACUCUUCACCUCCAUUAGUAAGACAGAUAUCCCGCCCAAAGAGUGCAGACCCUCCUCGCUCUCCUCUGCUCAAGCGUGUCCAAUCAGCUGAGAAGCUUGCAUCCUCUCUUUCUUCUUCAUCCUCAUCUCCUUCUCCUUCAUCUGCUGCUGAUAAAAAGCUGCCAGUUGGUGCCAGCCGCAAACACAGUCUUGAUACCUCACAUUCAGAUUUUAAAAAAGAGAUGCUGCAGCGAGACCCCAGUCUACAGAGCCUGCAGGAGUCAGCCAGUGAGACUCUAAUGGGAGGAAGAGUGUCUCCCGCAGAAAAGGGCAGCCUGCAGAAAGGUUCAGUUCGUAAACUGGGCAGGCAAGAAGGUCCUGAGUCUGGAACUGGAAGUCUGGGACUUGUUCCUGGGAAGAGUAAACUGAAAGACAAGCUGUCUGCCAUACGCCAGGAUCGCGCUGAGCGUCGAGAGUCUCUUCAAAAACAGGACGCCAUCCAUGAGGUUGACUCCUCAGAGGAUGAGACAGAUGAAGGGUCGGAAGAUAGCCAAGAUGGACGUAGGACAAGCUAUGUUCCUCCAAGCCAUGUCUUGAGGCCUGCUACUGUAAUGGCCUCUCCCCAUACCAUCAGGAUGGGACCAGCAGCUCCACCAACACUGGGACUGUUGCCCUCAACAGUUGCACCCCCAGGCUUACCUCAGCCCAGCAUAGGACUGCAGAUACAAAGCCAAAGUACCACUCAAUCUCAGACACAAACUUCAGCCUCACUGUCAAUGCAAGGUACAGCCAAGCCCCCAGAACAGAAUCCUACAACCUGUAUUGUGGCCCAAGGCUCCAGUUCAACACUAGCUGAAGAGUCAAAAAAGAAAGAGUCAAAGGCACAGGACUCUCAGUUUAUUGUAAGGCCUUCUCCGUCUCAACCCAGCCCUUUAUCCAGCACCUUUUCCACCCAUGGUAGUGCCUUUACCUCUGUCAGCAAAGACCCAUUUGUCAAACCCGCCAUACCUCCACUGGACCCCCGGAGAACCCCAAAAACUUCUGAGCCCAGGUCCAAGACCAGUGGUAAAAUAGAUCCUAGCACUACUUCUGGAAUGACCAGGGAUAUCCCUGUUUCUACCACACCAACUGGAGGCAUCACCAAGGAAAUGAAGGAGGCUGACAAUCGCAGACAGGCUGCAGCUGCCGCUGCUGCAUCCUCUCCAUCUGAGAGUGGAAUGGACAAAGUCGUGUCUCAACUGGCCACUGUGGCUAAGAGUGUGCUUGGCCCUGUCAAACUCAACAUCCCAGGUACUAAAGAGGCGUUGGAGAGGACAAAGGACCAGCAUCCCCAGACAGAUCCCACCCACCCAAAGAUAAAAGAUUGUCGUCAGGAGCGUUCUGAUUCUCCUGUCCACUUGAGCCCAUCUGCUGCUUCCGGCUCCCAGUCUCCACUGCUGACUGAAUCUCCCUCUAAACAAACAUCAUCUAAAUCUGAGCAAGUCUCAACUUCACAGAGAUCUUUAGAGGUCCCAGGGACUUCCAAAAGGCCAACUCCUCUAAACUCCCAAGCUGGAGAAGAACAUCAGGAUAGACCAGUGACUCCGAGAAGUGGCACCGCACCAAGGCCUAGGUCUGAAGCACAAUCUCAGGCCCAAGCAAAGCCUAGUUCCACUACUUCACGAGACAAAUCCAACAAGACAACGUAGCAGUCUUGCAGAAAGACCCAUUUUCUCCAGCUUUAAUUUAACUUGCCUAUGACAGACAAAUACACAUUGUAACACAAAGCAGUUGUCCUGUUUAAUUUCAGUAUCCCUGUGAAAUGACUGGAAAGAUGAGACAGAGGGAAGAGAUGGAUGUGUUUACAGAUUAUCUCAACAGCUUAAUUUCAAAAUGUUCUAUGCUCUACCAUUUACUUAAUAACUGAGGCUUCAUAAUUGUUAGAUUUUUUUGUUCCUUCUUUUUUUUGAGUAUUUUUCUUAGCAGUUAUAAAACCUGGAAAAUUGCUUGGGUCUGGGCCCUGAGAGACAGAAACCGUGUCCACUUACAGUGUAUUACCUCUUCAUAUUAUCUUUAUAUUACUUAAAGAAUCUUCUCUUGUAGUAGUUAUAGUUGUGCCUUAAAGCAAAACCUCAGCAUUUCACUUGUAUUUCUUUCUGCCUGUUCAUCUUUGAAGGAAGACAUAUUGCAGCAAUAAGAGUAGCGUAUCCCAAGCAAUGUUCACAAACAAAGUUGAUUUCAUCACACCUGUAGGAUCAAACAGUAAAGAAAAAACAGUCUGCGUUUUCUGUCUUUCUCACUUGCACAUUUUGUCGGACAGCUGUGAGAUGUAUGUCUAUGAAAAUUCAACCUCAGAUUUCCCCUUAGGCACAGUUAUCACCAAUGUUGUAUAUGGUAACUAAAUUUUGGAUGUAUAAUGGGGGAGAAUGAUGGCCAUUAAUUACAUAAAUGACCUCUUUACAUGUUACUCAAUGUUUCUAAUAAGAAAUAAACGUUUUUAGAAAUUAUUUGGAGUUACUAUGUAUAAUAAAUCAUGUGAUCUGUGGCCAUCAUUCAGGUCUCAGUAAUGUUGGCAAGCUACAUUUUAGCUCAUGACUACUUGUAACUUGCACAUCAUUAUGUCUAGAUUUUGUUUGGUUUCGUCUUUGUUCAGAAUUUCAAGCGGACCAUUUUAUUUUUUGUUCAUCAGCUUGCAUGUUUUAUUGUCUCUCAUUUUAAAAUCUGGACCAAUUAGCUGUUGUCUCUGUAUAUUUGUUUGCUUUUUUGUUUUUGUAUUUCAGCAGACUUGCCUCUGGUGUGUGUGUGCGUGUGCUUGUACAGAAGCAUGUUUGAGUGUUUGUUUGUGUGGGUUCUUAUAUAAUGCAUAUUUAAAAAGUCUUGUUAUUUGUUAGUUUUAUGCCCUAGACAGUGGGAGUGUGUUUCUUGACUGGUGUCCUAUCUUUGCCAUAUCAGUCUGAUUCAGCCCUUUGUCAUAUACCAGGCAAAUAUGUAUUUGCACAAACCCUUUUUUUAUUUUGUGUGUCAAUAAUAUGAAAACCAAUAAAUACAGUAUCCAGUUAGAUCCCAGUUGGGGUCUUGAGGGGUUUGACCAGUAAGUGA